CCGAACCCCAUCAACGACAACUAUUCUCCUAAACUCCAACCCACUUCGACACCUCCCCGAACAAGUUCCACGGAAAAGGAAAAAGAUAUCAAUUUCCAACCAGAGACAAUAAAAGGCCACCACACAAUCAAGAAUACCAACGUCGUCACAUUCAACAUUAGCAAAAUGGCCUCCAAAAUCCCCUUCCUAACUGCGAUAGCCAGCCGCCGCUCAAUCUACGCCCUGGCCAAAACAUCACCUAUCCCCAACACGCGCAUCGUCGACAUUGUACACCAAGCACUCGAGCACUGCCCCUCUGCAUUCAACGUACGCAGCGCCCGCGCUGUAGUCCUCUUCGGCGACCACCAUACAAAACUAUGGGAUGUCGCAUACACCAACACCGAGAAGAGCAACGCAGAAAUGAUCAAGAUGCUGGGGCCCAAAAUCAAAGGGUUUGCAGAGGCAUACGGAACAGUCCUGUUCUUCGACGACCAAUCCGCAUACGAGGGCCUUCCCCCCCGCUUCAAAGCCAUAGCGUCCACCUCCCCCGCCUGGGAAGACCACUCAUCGGGUAUGCACCAGUUCACGGUCUGGACGGCGCUCGAGGCCGAGGGGCUCGGCUGCAAUCUCCAGCACUACCAGGCUGCUGUCGAGCAGCAUGUCCAGGAAGCGUUUGAUGUGCCCAAGAAUUGGACGUUAAAGGCGCAGUUGGUGUUUGGGACGCCGGUUGGUGCGUUGCCCGAGGCGAAGGCAAAGACUGGGUUGGACAGUAGUCUAAGGGUCUUUGGGGCAUAG